GGUUCACUCAUUCCCUUGUAUACUAUGGUGUGUCGUAUGGUUCUGUUGAUCUUGGUGGGAAUAGAUAUCUGAACUUUUUCUUGGUCAGUAUUGUGGGAGUUCCUGCGAAUUUUGCUCUAAUGUGGGGACUUAACAGGUUUGAAAAAACUAUAAAUACAGUACGUAUUGGCUGCUCGAUUGUUUAAAUCAUUGUAUAUUGUACGGAGCAUAAAAUCAUAAGUAUAUCCUACUGCCUAGCCAAACUGUAACCACGAGUCUUUAUUCUUGAUGAAAACUCCAAACACCAAGCUUCAAUUUAGACCCUCCGGUAUAAUAGUUGAGUUUUCGGGUUUUGAUUAGGAUAAAGACCCCAGGUUACUAGGCUAGGAUUGCACGGUUGCUAUCCAGUGAUCAACUCUCAUCAACUGGUUCAAAUUUUAAGGAGAGUUGAUGAGAGUUUUCGCUACGCGCGCGGUCAUAUACAAUCAACUCUCAUUAACUCUCAUGCAACUCUUGUUCUCCUUUGGUCGGGGCAUCACAGUUGAGAAAAUCUCAUUGCAAGCUCUCGCUUCUCAACUCUCAUCAACUCUCAUUCUCGCUUAAUCAAGGAUUUAAAGUUGCCGGAUAUGAUGUCAAUGAAUGAAUUGUAAAUUAGUUUUCCUUUGUUUUGUUGUUGCUAAAUUUUAUCUAAUGAAAUCCUACCCGGCAAUUUUGACAGUGACUAAAUUGGCGGAUCAAGAUGAAAUGUUUUACCAUAAAGAUAUAACGCAUUUCUUCUUGGAACUGAUGACCCAAAAUACUGUACAUACCAAAAUUCACUUUCAGGGUUAGUAUAGCACUUCAAAACAGCAAAUUUAAUUGUUAAAAUUAUACCCUUCUUAGAUUUGGUCGCAAAAUAUGUAUUAUUUCUGGUUUGAUUAUCACAAUCGUGGCGUCCGCAAUUUCAGUCUCAAUACCAGCAGAUCAGAGUCCAGGCUAGUACACAUAGGCUAUAUUGCUAUUUACAAUUACUAUAUAUCUACACAAUUACUGUGACACUUGGUAUAAUUACUAAACUUGGUGAACUCGACUCUCUUUUCUAGCUAAUAUUGGUGGUCGUGUCACUGCAGCUAUAAUAGCAAAAUUUUUUAUUGGUUUUUCCUUUGAUGGUUGUUAUGUAUGGACCAGUGAACUGUACCCAACAGUUAUAAGGUAUAAUCUCAAAACAUUUUAUGCACGUGAUCAUGUUUAGGUGCACGUUGUAGGGUCACAUUAUAUCGAUUUAAUCCAAGUUACAACAUUUUGUCCGACACAUUUAACUUUUAACUAUGGCAGAAGGCAGUCGAGUUGUAGGUUUUUGGUAAUUUGUGUCUGUUUUGGUAACUUUUUGUCACCAGAUCUGGUAAUUGGCUCUGGAAUAAACAGGUAACAUUAGGGAGUUCAAGCUUCCCGUUUCCGGGAACGGCAAACGGCAGGUUCGAAUUUUCUUGGCAACAUUUUCGUUGGACGUUUUCGUUUCAUAUUUUCUUUCUUGUGCGAAAAGAAUAAUCAUGCAUUGCAGUUUAAAACAGCAAGUUCAUUUACUCUUUAUUGCUUGAUACGGUAAAAUUUUUCUUUGUCUGGCCUUUGUCGUUUGACGUAUAACGCGAAGCUUAAACUCUCUAUUGUAUGUUACUUUUACUUUUUGUACAAUGUAAAAGUAAGAUUACGCCUGCUGGCGAGAGCAUUAUUUAAGAUUUUAUCAUUUUUUAAUCUGCAGAGCAACUGGAAUGUCCACAUCUUCCUCAGCUGCCAGAAUUGGUUCAUUUGCCGCCAGCUAUAUUAUUUGGCUUGUGAGUAAAGUCAUUUACAAAACGACUCUAAUUCUUUGAAGUGCAAAUCAACUGACAUUAAUUGUUGUGCCUACUCAAAAACAGUCAAAAUAUAGGCUAAAUGACAUCCUCUCAAUAUAUUAAUCUGAAGUUCCCUGAUUCUUCUUGAGCAAAGUUUUGAAGUUGAACAAUCAUGAUUUCUUAUAUUUGUAACAGGCAUAUGUUAUUUUUGGCAGGUCUAAAUUGGGAAAUUGUCAUCUAAACGUUGUUGGGAAAACGGCUUAUAACGCCGAAGUGUUUUACUUUAGUUAAUACCCUGAAGGACUAAUUAAUUCAGUAGGAAAUCAAAUAAAUUACAAAAUACUUGACCACGUUUCAAAAAUAAUCCUUCGUAAAGGGUGAUCUGAAGUCGCAACAUGGUUUCUUACAUACCUGUGGGAUGACGUCAUCUACAUGCCAAUACGAUGGAUAUAUUCUUGUGGCAAAUAAGCACCGUUAUCCCUCUCUGGUUAUCCCUAUUCAAAGGACACGCUUCUGGGCAACGUCUUUGGCCAUGGCGAUUAUUAGUGGCAAUGAAUCUAGAGUUUUGCCACGCAAUCACGUCUUUGGUGGUUCCACAAUUAAAGCCGAAAGGUCCUGUUCAAACAAAUCAGAAAACUCAUGUUGUAUAUUCUAUAUCGUGCGUGACUGCGAGAAAGAGUAUCUGGGUCAGUCUAAACGCCAGUUUGGCACACGCCUAAACGAACAUCAAAAGGCUGUUUCAACUUCAAAUCAGGGGAAAUCAGCUUUAGCGAACAUGCGUGUGACACCAAACACGUGAUCCGCGUGGGAAAACUCCAGAGUCAUUACUACGGACAAUCGCCAUGGCCAAAUUAAAGCUUGGCAUGUAAAUAUGAGUAAUCAUGCUCUGAAUAGGGAUGACGGUGCUUAUUUACGAUUUUGUUGUAUUCACCUGUAGGUGAAUAUAACAGCUCAAUACGUCUAAUUUGACCAACCAACUUGUAGGACUUGUUAAUAUUCAAAAUAUGUGUGCAAAAUACUAAAAGAAUAUAUCCAUUUUGUUGGCAGAUGACGUCAUCCCAUUGGUAUAUAAGAAGCCACGUUGCAACAGUUCGGGUCACCCCUGGCCCUGAUUAAGACACUAGACGGUAGUAUCGACAAGUUGGGUCGUGGAAUGCAAUUUGACUGGGUUUACAUUCAUUUAUUAAAACCAGAGUAGCGAGCAAAAACAUGACUGAUAUUACAACUGGUUGCCGUGAACUCACAAUAUGGUCAAAUUUCUUCAAUAAUAAUCUUCGAUGUUCUUCUUUUCUUCAAUAUUAAUAAUCCAAUAUACUCGUGCGUAUAUUUUUUUCAGAUUCGUAUUCAUGUAGCACUGCCGUAUAGUAUAUUUGGUGUGAUUUGCCUUCAAGCAGCUGUACUGGGAUUAUUCUUACCAGAGACCAAGGGUGCGCCAACCUUGGAGACAAUGGAUGAUAUGAAUACAAGAAAUGGAAUGGCUUUGCAUGUGAUUUCCAACGAUAAACAAACUCGAGAAGAAACCUAACACAGUAGUACUAGUAUAGUAACAUUGCAUCAUAAUAGACCUUUUCGCAGUUUUUCUAAAUUUUUAUAUGGCCAAGCUUCAAUCAUGGCAAGCUUCAAUCAUGGCAAAAACUAAUGAAACACCUCGGUUGAUUUAGUGUUUAAAUUUGUCCUUACCUCCCUCCUUACAAUGUUGGUUAGCUAAGUUAAAACAUGGGACGAUGGUGUUCUUUGCAAUCGACAAACCUACUCUACUCCGUAUUAUUCACAAUGUAAUAUCAACAUUGUUCGGAGGAAGGGGAGAGGGUUGCAUUGUUUCUGA